AGAGAUAUUGGGGAUCUACGGAGAGCACGCAGGACAGCGGAGCUUCACUGUGAGGGGGAAAAUGACAUAGCUUUCUGGAUAAAUGGCUCAUUUUAAGAUGAAAAACGGCCAGCUCUGGCUGCUUUUUGUUUUGUUUCUUCCUUUGUCAGGGGUUUUAUGUUUUAGUGAGUUGUCCUUCAUCACAGAGCCCAGUGAUGUUACUGUACUACCAAAGGAUUCUGCAGUCUUGGACUGUCAGGCUCAUGGGUUGCCUCCAGUCACCAUCAAGUGGCUGAAAAAUGGAGUUAAGCUGGCAGAGAGUGAGCACAUACACUUUCUGCCAAACGGCUCCUUGUACAUACCAAAGAUAAAACAUACCAAGGAGGAUUCAGAUGAAGGAUUCUACCAGUGCCUCUCCCAGAACAAAUAUGGAGCUAUCUUGAGCCAAAGAUCACGUCUGACUAUCGCAAGUAUCUCGGAGUUUGUUUUGCAUCCUGUGCCUAUGGUGGUGACUGAAGGUUCUGUGGCACGUUUUUCCUGCGCAGUCACCUCCAGCCCUCCUGCCUCCAUCACUUGGGAGCUCAACCAAAGCACAUUGCCACUACAGACAGACAGAAUAACAGUUUUGCCCAAUGGAGUUCUUCAGAUUCACAAUGUAGAGUUGGAAGAUGCUGGACAGUAUCGAUGUGUGGCAACUAACAUCGGCAGCCGUUUAAAGAGUAGAGAGGCCACGCUAACAGUCAACCAAGAUAAGCGCCCUAAACCCCGCCAGAGGCCCAGAAUCAUCGCUGGACCUCAGAAUGUAACAGUUUCCCUUCAUCAAACUGUGGUGCUGGAGUGUGUGGCCACAGGCAAUCCCUGGCCCAUCAUCUCCUGGAGCCGUGCUGACAGUAAACCCAUUGAUGUUUACAAGGCCAAAGUGCUGGGCAAUGGGAACCUGGUUAUUACUGAUGUCAGCUCCAAGCACAGUGGAAUCUACCUCUGCAGGGCCACCACACCUGGAACCCGCAACCACACCACUGCUGCAGCCAACCUCACGGUUCAAGUGCCACCCAACAUUGUUGAAAGGCCUGAGAGUCAAACCCGUCCAAGAGCAGGCACUGCCCGAUUUAUGUGCCAAGCAGAGGGAGUGCCCCCGCCACGCAUCAGCUGGCUAAAGAAUGGCGAAGAGGUUCAUUUAAAUGGGAGGAUCAAAAUGUACAACAGUAAAUUGGUGAUUACCCAGAUCAUCCCUGAGGAUGAUGCCAUCUAUCAGUGCAUAGCAGAGAGCGAACAGGGCUCUGUGCUGUCCUUGGCUCGACUCAUUGUGGUCAUGUCCGAGGACCGGCCAAGUGCACCGAGAAAUAUCCAUGCUGAGACCAUCUCAAGCUCUGCGAUCUUACUGGCCUGGGAGAGACCACUCUACAAUGCAGACAAAGUCAUCGCCUACUCUAUCCAUUACAUGAAGGCAGAAGGUCUAAACAAUGAAGAAUACCAGGUUGUCAUCGGCAACGACACAACCAGUUAUAUCAUCGAUGACCUUGAGCCAGCUCGAAACUACAGCUUUUACGUCGUGGCUUAUAUGCCAAUGGGAGCCAGUCGUAUGUCAGACCAAGUCAGUCAACAUACCCUGGAGGACGUGCCCCUGCGUACUCCAGAGCUAAGUCUGACCAGCCAGAGUGCGACCGACAUCCAGGUGAGCUGGCAGCCACUGCCGGCAAAGGUGAGCCGUGGUCAGUUGUCUGCGUACAGACUCUCCUAUCGCACAGCUUCAGACAGCACUGUCGUAUCUGUGGAGCUGUUACAAAACAGCACCGAAUAUCUCCUGGAGGGUCUGCAGCCCGACACCAUCUACCUGCUCCGCAUGGCGGCGGCCACGCGUGUAGGUUGGUGCGAGCCCUCAGCAUGGACCUCACACCGCACACCUAAGACCUCCAGCCACAAAGUGCCUUUAGCCCCUAUUCUACAACUUGAGCCACUUAACUGCACCUCCAUUGUGGCCCGCUGGCAAACCUCCCCAGAAUCUGUGGCUGUUCAAGGUUACCGGCUCUGUUACCAUGAGGAAGGUCAACCAGAGCAGCCCAACAUCCAGCUGCAGGCUGAAGCACGUAGCUACACCAUCAGUGGCCUUGACCCAAGAAGAAAGUAUCAUGUUAAGAUCCUGGCUGUCAGUAAAGUUGGAGAUGGCUACCAGACCGACCACACUAUUAGCACUCCAGGAUGUGUGUCGGCUAGAGACCAAAUGGCAGCUCCCCCUCCACCUCCACAGCAAGUGACCGUCUUAACCAGCAAUUCAUCUGCAGUGUCUCUGCGUUGGAGUCGUCCUUCUUUCCCCUCUGGAAAGGCUGUUAGCUUUACGGUCCGCUGUACACCAGUGGGCACACACAAUGCUUCUGCUAUACGCUACCUACAAAUUAACAAGCAGAGUGUGACGGUUCAGAAUUUGCUUCCGAACACUCGCUAUGAGUUUGUGGUGCGUCUCCAUGUGGACCAGAUGUCCAGUCCCUGGAGUUCUGUUGUUUACCAUCAGACCCCACAAGCAGCACCCAGCCAGCCACCUGCAGGAGUGCGAUUAACUCUGAUCGAGGACGACACGGCUCUGGUGUCCUGGAGGGAACCCACGGAACCCAAUGUGGCAAUUACACACUACAACAUCCUGUAUGCUUCUCAGAAAGCCUGGAUGGCUGGACACUGGCAAAGAAUACAAAGGGAGGGGAGUCAUACGAUGGCACUGUUGGAGAAGCUGGAGCCUGGGAACGUCUACCUGGUGAAGAUAUCUGCCUCCAACGUCGUAGGUGACGGGCCUUUCUCCGGCAUCGUGGAGCUGGCGCUGAGGCGUGGGAACCUCCGCAGCAAGAACCCGAGGCACUCUGACAGCAUCCUGGACACAACAGUGGUGUCUGACGGUCUCUACCACAUAGACCAGAGGUCCAUGACAGGGAUCAUUGUUGGUGUGAGCAUCGCCUUGGCCUGUAUUGUUAUGUGUGCCUUAAUCCUCAUCAGUAAGGGCAGACCAAGUAGGAAAUGUUCCAGUCCCAAAGUCAUUGCUGUAGGAAGCGCUGAAGGUCCACACGCUGCUUUGUCUCUGCCCAGUGAUGGUAAUACGGAGAACGUGGAGGCUCUUAUACCGAUGAUAAGUGAUCACUUCAUAGAUGCUAAGGGUGGAUCUAUUGUGGUUAUAAAUAGUGCCGGCCCAGUUAGCAGGAAGGGUCAAAGCAAGAGAUGGCUGCUGUUCAAGAAAGAGAUCACAAAUCCCCCUAAAAGUGACGUUGAGAUGAGAGCCAGCUUGUACGAAGCUGGAAAAACUGUUCUGAGAUACGAGGAGCAUCCAGGCUCAGCUCCCCUGCCGCCUUCGUCCCGUGAGAUCAUCUAUGGACCUUUUCACUCUGAGAGCUCUCACACCAGCGAGGGCAGCCAGGAGACAGGAGACUCCGGACACUACUCAAAUGAAGAAAGCAACGAAGAGAUGAGCAACCCGUCGACCACCCAGAGCUCCAGACCAGAGUCUUUCGGACCAGACAGCGGCACCACUGUGGCCGAGCUGAAGCAGUCUUUUGAAGUGGAGAAUGAGGAGAUUUUGAGGCGCCCCUGUCAACACUCCGCUCCUGAUGCUUCCUGGCUCUGCAGCACCUCGGAGGGCUCUCAUCCUGCCCUCCACUCGUCCCAAGCAGCCAGCUCCUGACAUCUCCUGGCCUGAAACCGAUCCAGCGGCCAAAGCUUAAGCCACUUCUACCUCGUUCGCUUCCUGAGCGGAGCCCCUUGGCUAUUAACUGAGAGACAGGGGACCAGGAAGUCAGCUGCUGCAAGGGAGGAAAUGUGCAUUUGCUUCGAACUUACCUCAGGAUUUUGUAUGAAUGUUCGUUAUAACAUUUUAUUUCCAUUUUUAUAACAACUUUCUACCUGUUUGUCUGUGUUUGGCGUUGUCUGUCCAAAACCGAAGCUCACCCAUGAUGAAUGUCAAAAAAAAAAAAAGAAUGUCAGAAAUGUACUGUGAUACAUUUACAUUAUAUUUAAUUACUUUUCACUGGAGCUUUUUUUUUUACUGAUUAUCUACCUCAGUGUUCUGUUCUUUAUAUACAUUACUACCUCCUUUUAAACACAUAUUGUGCAGUAUUAUCUCAGACUCAGGGGACAAAACUCUCUUCUUGUUACCUCUGUUGGGGCGUUAUGAUCUAGUUUCUAUGUUUGCGGUUGAAAGAGCUUUUGUUUCUCCUCUUUUUUUUUGUCUUUGAAUGGUGUAUGUUGUGUAUGACAAGUGCAUUAGGGUUUGUCAAACUAUUUCGGGCAUUUUCAAUGCACUGAACUGAAAGCUUUAAGAUGGCCUUAAUAUCAGAAGGGCUUUGCAUACUGUAUACGUUGAGAUCCAAAGACAGGAAGAACUGUACCCAAAGAAUUUUUGAUAAUACAAAAGAUAUUCUACCAAAAAUAUGGACGUGGAUGUACAGAAAGGAUGCAUUUGCCAAAUUUUUCUUCUUGCCAAUGAUGUAAAUUGUUUCAGAGUGCUGGUUUUCUCAGUGAACAUUUUAUUAAUGCUUUAUUCUGGUGAAAGCUUUAGCGCCAGCCUCAUUGGCUUGUGCUCCGUUUGCCUUCUAGACCAUUGCUAAACGCAGCGGUGAUGCCGAUGCUAUUAUCCAAAGAGUUGUCUACUUCCUCAUAUGGGUACAGCUUUUUUUUUAUUCAGUUGAUCCUUGGUACAAUGAGGUGAAAAUUACUGACACAGGCCAAAGAUCCAGUGUGUCCUGUCAGUGACAGAUGUCGAGAGUUAGAGGAUCAUCUGUCAUCCUUCACAAAUGUUGCUGUGUGGGGAAGAAUCCCCUUUCUCUCUUCAUGAUAUUUCCUGUCUAGGUGUGACAAUUAAGGAUUCUGACUAUCAUAAAGGAAACCCUGUGUGUGAAGAGCAACAUAAUCAAAUUUUAUACCUUUAUAAUACAAAUAAUAGUAACCAAAGAAUCUUAAAGUCCCUGUUAUUUAGUGAUUUUCUUUGGUUUUCAUUUACAUUAUAUACAUUUUUUUGCAUCUAAAUGUGAUAUAAUUUCGGUGGGUUUGACUACUAGAAAGGCAUUUUUACAUAGUUCUUAUUUCUUAGGCUUGAGAUGUCAAAAACUGUUCUGCUGUCUCUUUAUCAUCAUGAAAUGUCACCUGAAUAACACUUACAUUACAGAAAAUCUGAUUUAGAUUGUCCCUUUUUUUCUUUUUAGCAUGAAAACAUUUCCCAGUUCCCAGUGGUUUCAAUUUCAAAUUUGUGUAAUUCAGUAAUGUAGAGAAUUCAUUUGGAAGGGCACAUGUAUUUGUGCUGACUUCACUCAGGUUUCAAAGUGUAGAUUUAGAGUCUAGAUUUAACUGUUAUUAUUUAAGUUAUGGUUUUCUGAUAUUCCCUGCUUUUGAAUACCAAAAUAUGUCUUUUAAUCCAAAGUGAGUAACAAAACAAAUUAUUUUAUGUGUUGAGAUGUUGCAACAGAUUUUUUUUGAUACUCUCAAGAUGAUGAAUACUAGAUAAUAAAAUUGUUGGAAAUAAAAAUUUGUGUUUCCUUGAA